CAAAGAUGGCAGCAAGUCGAAAAGAYAAGACGAGAAAGAAAUGAACUAUUUAAACUUCAUAAGGACACUGCAUGGAGUCAGUCAGCAAGAUGAACAACUUAAGAGGAAAUUAUGAGCGAACUUUGUGACGUCCAGCUUGUAAACCAUCCAUUUGAUAAAGAAAAUGAAGCUUCCCUAAGUCAUCUCUACCGAUCGUUUUGCAAUCAUGUGACGUUAGGUCAAUGGGAAUUAGCCCGAGUAUGCUUAAAAAAACUGUACAAAAGACAACAGUUGUUAAAGAAACCUUUAAAAGACGUGCUGAGGGCUGUCAUUGAUAGGCCUAACCUAGUAAGUUCAUUUUCAACCACAGUGAUAUCUCCAUUGCAUCUCUCUUGGUUAUGUCUGGUUGAUUACUCGCUGCUAUAUGCCAACAAUGAGGAUAAGUUGCCAAUUCCAAUUUCUUUGACAGUUCAGUUUCACCUUCUUUUGUAUCUGAACAACUGGAAAACAGCACCUAAACAUGUCAUACAGGAGCUUGAUGAUAUUUAUAGUAGAAUAGUGUAUAAAGGYGCUUCCAGUUACAACGAUGCUGCAGCAGCUUUGUCUACUAAUGCAUUACAGUUUCUUUCAAGUCUUCUGGAUGAAAAUCAYGAAUUGGCACAUGCUUUUAUAUCACAACUUAGUUCCAGUGCUAAACACUUCUUGGAGAACAGCCAAAGUCUACAGAAUAUCUACAUCAACUCUAUCAAUAGAAGUCUCYAUGUUUUAACUAAUGAGGGUAAUUUAAUUGGUAGUGGAUCCUCACCAAGCCUUGAUCAAAGUAUGAUUGACAACACUAAGAAGCACCUCUAUCAAAUGCUUUCAUUAUUUAACCCAACAUCAGACAUGUUGUCUCUAUCUAAACCACUCCAAUCACUUUUUGAAAAUCUCUAUCAGCAAUCAAAAGUAUCUGGAUUAACCAGCUUAGAUAUUGGAACUCUAUAUUCCUGCCUUCUUCAAAGGCCUACCAGUUUUCUCAUAMAGAAGUUUUGUCAAGUUGAAAACAGGCUYAGAUUYCCAUGCAAGGAGAAAGAGAAUGGUGAGGUAACUUCUUCUGGUGGAAGAUACUCUGCCUUUAGUGCUUAUGUAGGCUUAUCCAAGUCUGAUCCUAAAGAAUCCAUGAAAUGUCGGUUUUUCCAUGCACUCGAUGGGAACCAUGUUCUUGAAAAUGUAGUAGAAACAUCUUUGUCAUUCAUCAAAGAAGGUGACUUCAACAAUGUCACUAAGCUUCUGAUGGAGUUUAGUGUCCUAAAACCYCUUGUCCUUCUUCUUGGCUGGCCAUAUUGCUAUAGUUGUGAGAAUGCAAAACAGUUAUUAGACACACUGUGGGAUCAAAAGGCCGAGAUCCAUCAUCCAUUGUUAUAUCAAGCCUGUGAAAAACUCGCUUAUCAAGUUCAGCUGGURCAGUGGUGCUUACAAAAAGCAGGUUUGUUACUAGCUUCAAAUGAGGCUGGCUCUACCCAUCACCAGCAAGCAAGUGAGAUGUUCCAAGGUCUAGAAUCUCAUUCAGURCUCCGUGUAUUGCACAAGUCAGUCAGCCUUGCACAGCUACCAGAAAAGGAGGUGUUUGCUCUGUUAAGAAAACGGCCCGUCUUUUCACCAGAAUCAGGCAGCGAGAGGUGCAAAGGAAGACAGCAUACUGACACAGAAWUKCGAAGUGUUAGUGACGAUCAACCUGAAGAACAACUGGAUCCACMAGAGGGUAUCCACCCUGAUGUACAGAGAGAUCUCAUCCUGUAUCACAGCUUUUGUGCCAUGAAAAGUUUCAUGGACUGCAUCGUAAAUCCAGAAGUACAAUCAUGUAGURCAAAAGAGUGUUCUAGUUUUAUGGAUAAGCUGCUUGAAGGAAGAAAGCAUUUGACCAUGGUUUUUCCAUUGACGUAUCGUGUCGAAAUACUGGAGAACAUAUUCAGUCUCAUUUUUACUACAUACGAAGACCUAUAUUCAGAAAACACUCACCAUGAAAGUGAUGAUCUUGAUACUGCAGAUGAUGAAACUAAGAGUUUGAAUACUAGCUUGACUGGAAGUUUGGAAAGUCUUGCAAGCAUUGCCAGCUCGGAUGUUACGUCUGCAGAAUCAAGUCCCUUUAAAGAGCCAGAACAACAUUCAACRCCAGAGUCAUCUUAUAAAAUAAAGGGGCAUUCACGCGUGGGCUCRCAUGGGAGCAAAAAACAGCUAUUUCAGCUACUGAAGACARURACAGCCAGUGAAGUGAAAAYAACGAAGGGGCCAAUUUCUGGAGAAAUGCAGACAUCAACACCUGCUAAAAUGUUKAAUCUGGGCCAGUCUCGUUGCAGACAUAAGUCUGACGGUGACAGCAAAAAGCCAAGCAUGGGUUUUGUAAUGAAUAACGAAGCUGUGUCUGAAUAUCUGAAAWUUCUAAAAGAGUGUUUAGUGGACAUAAAUGCUCAGAAAUUAGAAGGAAAACAUUCAGAAAAAUCACCUAUAUAUAAUGAACACGAUUGGAUUUAUACAUCUGUCGGUGCCAGUAUUCUUGAGCAGCGUAUUUCAAGACUAAGUCAGUUCAUUGUCGAAGCACAGUGGAGAUACCAAUUAGUUUCCUGGACAGCAGAUACCAAAAGAGAAACAACUUCCAACGCUGGUGUAAAGUCCAAACAAAAACAGGCCGAGAAUACUGUCACAGAAAAAGUMAAAUCCAUCAGAACAAGCUCUCGAUCUGAGAAAAAUCAUCAUGGCUCAAAUGGCGAAGAUUUGCUGAAGAAUGAUGAAAUAUCUGGUGAAUCAAGCUCGUAUYUUAGUCAAGACGUUACUACAGGUACUGAAGACGGUGCAGGUACUGUAAAAGUGUCCAAAAAGCUCCGGAAGGUCACAAGAAAUGGAAGAAGGCCAUCUCUAACAGAAACGUUUGUUGUGAGAGAUGACAGUACUGUAGCUCGCAUGCUUUCAUCGCCUGAAACUUUGAUAUUCAUGUGUCUUCGCAAGAACAGCUAUGACAGAGCACAACAAGUCAUCAAGAUGUUCAACAUGCAAGGCAAACCAAGUGCAAAGGAGGCUAUCUUCGCUGAAAAGUUUUCGAAUUCCUACAAAGAACUCAGUAGUCUUCAGCCAAGAACCCGGCAGGCUUUAUCCAGCCAAAAAUCUUCUAAGAAACUGGGUGCUGUUGCUUUGGCAGCAGCUUCUGGMGUGUCAUCAACAGUGACCUCGAGUCUGAUUGACCAUCUACUUGCUUUGCCUAUAGCCUCACCUAUGAUAUUGUACAAUUUGGAUCCMACUGAUGAAGAUAUUAGRAACUCCGCCUUUUUURGUAAUGUACAUCCUGACUUGCUGCCUGCUAUGGUUUGCAUAGAUCUGGCCUGCACUGCAAAUGUGUCUCAGGACGUGUGCAAGAAACUGCUGGAUACUGCAAAGAGUAGACUUCCUAAAGCAAUGGAUGCAACAGUGAAGGCAGAAAAUGGACUUGUAGGUGUAUCAAAUAUCCUCACUGAUUUUUACCAACUUAUCCAACCCAACACAGUCGACACACCUGCCUCUUCCCAGCCAAAUCUAGUUGAAGUUUUAUCCGGACGAGAAUCCCUCCAAGUAAAAUUUCGAAAUUUGUCUCGAAAAUGUGAGAAUGAGCAGCAAGAGUCCCUUAAAAGGAUGGCACGUGCUCUGGAUGAGGGAGAUGCGUCUAUCAUUGCUGUCCAGGAAUCAGCAUCGAAAGCAAUUAGUCCAAGCAAUCCACAGGAACUCCAGGCAUCCUUUUCACUAGUACAGAAAUCGUUGUCAGUCAGAGUUGGCCUAACUGAGCUUCAGAAGUCCUACAGCUGUACUGUAGAUCAUGCUACUGUUGGAGUAUUUAAUAAAAGAGAAAGAUUCGAUUAUUUGAGAAGUUUGCUGAACCAUGUAGAUACAUUAGCUACCUUACUAUUACAUUGGCAUUCCAAACCUGAUGACUUUUUCAAAGAAACGGRCAAGAGUGUGGCAUUGAAAGCUUCAAAUCCUUUUGUUGUCCUUAACAAAGGAAUUGCUGAAACGUUCGGAAAACCAAUGUUUGAGAAGAACGUCUCCCCAAAAAGGCUUGAGGGUAUUUGCAAGCAGCUWAACAUUAAUUUGGUCAAGGUGAUUGUUUACAACUGUUGCCAGCAUAUUCCAUCAAAUGGUUUGGUACUUAAUGGUUAUAAUUGGCCCUCGUCUAAGCCCAUGGUUCUUAAUGACGAUACGCAUUGGUUAGAAAAUGCACGGGAACCUUCAUUAGUGGCCAAAGAACUACUGAGCAAAAUGGUCGAACUGCUAACAGAUGUUGCCAAGAAUAACAAUGGUGUAGUUGAUUCAACUUGUGCAAGUUUGGUMGUUUGYUCACCACAAUUCAGCUCUAUUGUCCAAGCCACCAGCGAACUUCAGARARUUAAUCUUGAUCUGCUACAAACAAAUGAAGACAAAUUGUGUUUCUUUAUCAAUGUUUUAAACCUUCUUAUUGCUCAUGCGUCAUUAUUGAAAUUUUCCACCGCUGAAAAUGAACAGCAUUUCAAACGUCUAUCACACCAUGGAUCGCUUUCUAAUUUACUUAGAAGUACAAGUGUAGGGAGUACCUUUGAUARCAGACAAGCAACUGUCUCAUCGGUUGACAGAAUAUCCUUCCUCAAACAUCACUGCUAUGCUAUUGGACAAAUGGGACCUACAAGUGCUUUUGAYCUUCUAUUCGUGAUAAUUCGAUCAGGAAUGUUUCCUCCGACGAUAUUYGGCUCGGCCAUUCAGCUGUGCUACCCUGAGCGUCAUGUUGAUGAUCCAAAAAGAAAAUACAAGCCAAAUCACCACGAUAAAAGGGUAGUUUUUGCGGUUAGUGAUGGAUGUCUGUCUUCWCCCGAUCUACAGGUUUAUGAUGCAGAUCAUCUUGAAGUCCAGCUACACGCUGCAGCUAUGGUUUAUGUUAAUCGUAAUGUCACAAUCAGUGCAAACCAGGUUGUUCUACCAGAACUGCUGAAAUGGUAUCAGAAUGAUUUCACCAAUGAGCCCAUUACUGACCUUGAAAGUUCACUUGAUAGGACAUCACAAGGGACGAAUGCYAAUUUCCUUCUUUUGCUAGAGCCUUACCUUAAUAGUAAAAAAGCUGAGUUGCUUCAAAGUGUCCUUCCAAAUAUCAAAGACGUUAGCUAUUCACCUUUUUGUUGGACAUUCGGAUACCAAUUCGACGUUUCAUCGCUUGACCAUUCUGAGUCAAGUUCUAGUUUGUAUCGCUCAAGUUCAGUUCCCGAUAGCCUYCAUCUGAGCUUAGAAUUAAGUGGAACSUCCUCUAUGAGUAUCAUCGAGAAUAGGGGCAAGUUUAGUCMAAGCCCCUCAGCUUUGGAAUACAUUAGAAAGGCGUCACCAUUGGUUUCAACAUUAGUAGAACUUGUAUGUUCAAAACACAAUGAAACCUCAGGACAAGGGCAACUUCAUUCAGUGUUAUCUAAUGAUAUGUGCUUUAUUAGCCUUCUGAAAAAGAUGACUGGUUAUCCUACUCUACAGCGAUGUCUUGCAUCAAGAGUUUAUUGCAUAGCGGAAUUUCUUACCACAGCAUCAGAAGGAAUCGACUUCAGUGGUAGUUAUGAAAUACUUGGAGCAGAUUCGAAGAAUUUAAUAUGUGAAGAUGACAUCGUACCAAAAAUCAAGUGCAUCCCUUUGGUGCUCUCUGCCAAAGACUCMAUUGAGCUACAGCAAGCUUAUCAGAAGGCCAGUGACUUUUUCUUGAGACAAGGGAACUUUUACAAUUUGCUUGAAUUGAUCAGAACAACUAACUUGCAUUCCAAUGGCGGUUGUGGUGAUACCAUGGAUUAUCUUCUCGCGUCUGCUGUGCUCAGUAAAGCUGGCUCCAGUGGUAUGUUUGCCAAAAGGCUUGAUGCAGCUUUAAGUGACUUCAAUUUGCCUUCAGUAGGAUUUACACACAAAUGGAUUAAGAAGCCACAAACGUUGUUGGCACAAAUCAAAGACAAUGAUCAGCUCGCACAGUUGGUUUUGAGUAACAUAAAGGUGCUCAAGGCAAAGGUCGGACUGGACUUGUUGAAUUUGGCUAUCAGUCGGCCAUCUAGRAAUACUGCUCUCAGGAAAGAACUUCAACACAGAAGGCAGGAGUUGAGUCUUCAUAAUAAGAUUGCAAGCUGUGCCAAGGCUCCCCAAUUAAGGAUUACUGAUGAACCGGAUUCAUCUCAGCCUCCUGCACUUCUAACUCAAAUACCCGUCGUGGCUUCCUUGACCAUCGAUAAUCCUAGCGAAAUAAUGGAGUUCUUGCUCUCCAUACAACAGUAUGAACUGGCCAGUAGUUGGGCUGAUCUGCAUGGAUUACCAUCUGAGUAUCAUAAGACAAUCAAAGAAAAACACCUAAAGUACCUAUUGGAUAGCAGUCCAGAGGACACAAUGAAAGCUUACUGUAUACUUGAAGAAAUCCAAGAACAGCACAUGGCACUUGAAAUCUGUCAGUCUUUACUGCAUCAGAAACUGCAUGUCAGCCAAGUACUUUUCAUCAUCCAAUUUAUGUUGACUAAUUUACAACSCCAUCUAUCCCCACUGAGGAUAGAGGAACUUCUUUUGACUAAAAUGGGUGCUAAAGCAUUGCUGUGCAUUCCAGAAAUGGCUAGGCCUUCCUAUGAACAUUUGGUUUCCAGGCCAUAUCUGUUACUAGAACAGCUGCUGAUGAACCUCAAGGUUGAAUGGGCUGCACAAGUCUUUUCACGGCUUCAAGUUGACUUGUCUUUAAUGAAGGAYAGAGUGAUCGAAGAAGGGAGCCAUUCCUGCUCUGUUGACGCUUUUGAUGCCCUUCUUGCGAAUUAUUCUGCCAAAGCUUUAGAAUUUCAGGUUGUGCAGACUCAGCACAGUCCUGAAGAUUCUUUGAGGUCAACUGAUUUUCUGRCAGCGCCAUCAACACCCUUUACCAGUAGCUAUGCCAGCCAUAGCCCUACACUUGGAAUAGACAUUCCACAUAAAGAUCUCAACAUUAGCUUGAGUCAAUCAAUAUCAUCAGUAAAGAGGACACAAGCAAAUUACAUCCCACCUGCAAUUCCCCCAAGUAAAGAAGAGUGGGUGCCUGAUGCACAAGCAAUGGAAUGCGUCAUAUGCAAAGAGCCUUUCAGCAUGUUUAAUCGCCGCCAUCAUUGCCGUCGCUGUGGUCGUGUAGUGUGUGGUACCUGUUCAAGGCAUAAUUGUAUAGUUCCAGGYUAUGGUAAUACAGCAGUCCGCGUUUGUGACUCAUGUUACAGUCCUUUUGAAGUGAGAAGCGAAACUGCAGAUAAAACACGUGUACAGUCAUCUCCUAUUCAAACAGAAGCUUCUUCGCUUACGAAGAAAUCUGGACACGAAAAACGUGCGGAUACGUAUGGUACUAGCCCUUAUGCAAUGGAGGUGAAAGUUGAAUCCGAGGAAGCAAAUAAGUGGAAGUUGUCCUUGGAUCAAGAGAUGAAUAGUKCUUUGCGUGACGAAUUUUACUUUGAACAGGCUCCAAGUUCAUCGUUGUGCGUAGCCAUUCUGGACCUACACAGUGAUAACCUUGUUUGUGGGAGACUGCUGUUGGACCUGUGUAACACUUUGUCUAAGAAACUUGUGCCAAUAAAACCCGGUGUACGGAAUGAUGAGGUUGAUCACAAUCUCAUUAUUAGUAUGAUCAGGCAUUUGCUGUUCAACGCCAAACUCAAAAUGACCAAAGCUGGUGAAACUGGUGGUUUGGAACUCUGUGACACGUACCUUAGCCACGUAGAAUUAAUGAAAUUUCUGGUUGAGUCUAACUGUGGUGAUAUUACAUCUCUGCAAGACCUUACUCGUCCUGAUUCGGCCAGGCGUCUUCGCGAUCGAUUCAUAGAAGAUGAACGGCUGUCACUUGCUAUGGAAGUAUCWACCAAAUGUGGUCUCGAGCCUUCAAGUGUUUGGGCCGCUUCWGGUUUUGCAUGUCUUCAAGCAGGAGACUUAGCMACUGCCAGAGAAAAGUUUGCUAUGUGCAUGAAGUCAUCAGAUGGUAAACUACAACAGCAGCAGUAUUCACAAUUCCUGGACAAAAUCAUUGAAAUGUUGCAAACCUCUCCCCUUAUCUCCUAUUCACAGUCAACUGAUGAAAUAUUGUCGCCUCUGCGUGGCUUGGCUGAUCAUUGCAAGAGUUCGAUGCCCAGUGGCACAUUAGAUAGUAAGCGGUUUGACGAAUGCUURUACUAUUUACGUUUAUAUGGUUCUGAUACAUCAACUGUUGCAUUCUACGCACGGCAUGGUCAUCUAAAGCUCGCCUGUCGAUACAUACUAGAAAAGAAAUGCCAUCCAGACGUAUUUGUCGAAAGUCUCUUGAUGCGUUUGAUAAGUAAAGGAAGUUUAUCUGCCUUUAAAGAACAAAUGGAAGCCGCUGACCCAUCACUACAGUCGUGGAUGCCAUACCUGACUGCCUCUUGCCGUUUUCUCAACAAACGUGGCUAUCAUCAUCUACUSUAUGACUUUCAACUUUUUAUGAAGGAUUUCUUCCGAGCUGCWCAGACAUGCAUUCGUUUCUUUGAGGGAACUACAGGAACGGUCACGUCGCAAAAUGAUCUCUUCUCGCGUCUAGACUAUCUCAGUAAGGCGCGCUCUCAUAUCGAAGCUGUYAUUAUUGAAAAGAAGUCCCCACGUUCUACCGCCCUGAGUGCCAGUUCUUGGCUUCGUAGUCAUAGCACUCUCAUUCGAAAGUCAUCAGAGGAGUUGCACCAUGUGUCUAUGACGCUCUCUGAACUAACAAGCUAUGUCAAUACCAUCAACCUUCAAAUUGAAGUAACGAAGUUUCUUCAUAAGUGCUACAAUGAAGGAGGAAAUGUUGCGGGUUUAMGAGUCAAUAACGACGAGAAACUGCCUACACUUUUUGGUAGUGGACGCAUUAAGGCUGACCUUGCCAUUCAGAUUUUGCUAUCUGGGAGUACUAUUCAAGAUGGAUUCUCUCUUACUGCUCGUAUAAUACAGGAUUAUAAUUUGCCCGCUGGUCGGGUGUAUGUUGAUGCUGGCCGCGCCCUGGCUCGACAAUACAAGUUUAACCAUAUACAGCAGCUAUUAAAUUGUGUUGCUGAUGUUGGUCUUAUGAGUGACAAAUGUUUUGAUGAUAUCAUAUUGGCUUGUGUUCGUAUUGUGUCUGCUGAUCAGAACCAGGCCAAAAAUGUAGAGAAUCUUAUAAAACUAUUAAAGAGCGACUCAAACAAGAUUGAUGCCUUCCUUCUUUGUGGCAAACUUAGAUCAGCUUAUCUUAUUGCCGUCAAAGAGAAGAAUCUGGAAGCUGUGCAAAUGAUYGCAGAGGAAGCACAGAAAACAGGGCAGAAUAAAACACUCAGUCUUUGCAAAAAAUGGCUUUCGCUGAACCAAAGCCCUAAUCCGACCUAAAGGAUGCGUGUCUCGGGARCAGACACAAUAAUGAUCUUAUAGUGCAAUACAAGUGAGCAGAUAACGUUCAUUCUUUGCAACGAGAAACGGCAACAAAUCUCUGAAUUAAYAUGACGUUAUUUAAAUAAUACUUAUGCUAAAUAAUACCAAAUCUGCGCUUUACCGAGACAGAGAUCACGAAAUGRUCCUUUUCCGUAAUGACAUUGUUGAAGAGCACCCUGAGAUUGAGAAAAGUUUUAAUUAAGCUAUACUUUUUUGUUUCAGUUUCUGGUGUUUCAGACUGUUUUUUAGUUUAGUAUCCAACAGUUCUUUCGACAUGCUUUAGUGUGAUGGCAUCCUUAGUUUUAGAUGCGUUUGUAAAAGAUCAUCCUCCCUAGCCUAGUUUUAUUAAAUAUCCGCCAUUUUAAUGCAUUCAUCAAUAGAGCACAAACAUUUAAACAAUAGAAAACAUUUUAAUACAUUCGUCAAUACCAUGGUACAAUAGCCGACUUUAGAUAUUUUGGUUCAGUGACCAUGCACAAAAGAAUUGCAGACGAGGCUCCGGGGAGAUAAAAGAUUGAUCAAGAUUAUCCAUUGUUUUCUCGGAGCCUCGUGUGCGUUCUUUUGUACAUAGUCAUCGAACCAAAAUAUCUAAAGAUGACUAUUCGGCGAUGGACAUGACGUCAUUAGGCCAGACGACAAUUUCAUAAAAGAAAGAGCUCAAAGCAAUUUCAAUUAUACUCAGUAAUUCAAAGUUGAACUUGUAAAACAAGGAAUGCAAUAGCGAUUAAUCAAUUAACGRUAAACGUUUUUAUGAAGAUGCUUCAUGUAGAGUUGGCCACUUUUGAUGCGUUUCCAUGCACGAUGUUCAGGAGAACUCGGUUUUGCAUCCAGAGCCGUUACAAACCAGCUUUGCUUUUGAGAAUGAGGACCAUUCAGAUUUAAUUUUAAUUUUGUUAUAGUUUCUAGACGCUGUUCCCCACAUGGGUCCGACCUUACUACUGGAUUAUCACCAUUUCUCUCUUUUGCUUAGUCUUCGGUUUGAGAUUAUAUUUUUUUAAGGGUGUUCUCUCAGCGAGACUAGCCAAAUUUACCAACACUUCCAUUUUGCAUGUUCARUGUUUAUACUGCCUGUGAAAUGCCUUAGAGUGGUUUUUAUAAACCCGUGAAACAAAUUGUAAUAAUUAGAGUGUAAUAGAUCGUAAUAGUCGCGUAGAGACAAUAAAAAAACAAAAGAGCCAAAGUGUAAUAGCGAUAAAUACGCUAAAGUGUGUUUCACGGGUU